AUGGAAGAAAUAUCAAUUGAAGUGUUGGAUUAUACAGAGGAUCCGCCAGGAACAAAACCUAUUUUCGAUCGAAUUGUUGAGGCGAAAGAGACUGCUUCGAAGCAUGCAUCUCUCUUUAUAAUUCAUCUCUGGAUCUAUGCUUUGGUUGGAUUCACGAUUGCUUUCAUCUCAUUGAGUUACUCUCAUUCUGCUUGUUUUUCAAUGAUUUCCUCGGCUCAUCUAUUUAAUUUACAUUUCGCAUUCAACGGAUCCAUAUUUCUUGGCGCCGUUUUUCAUUCAAAUCUUUCUCGACGUCUUCCACUCAAAUACGUUUUCAUCACCUGUCUCAUCUUGAUAUGUGCUUGUUUUUCCGCUCUAACACAUGCUGCUCACGCUAUUUUGCUCCUUUGUAUCGUGUUUAUCGUCUUCGGAACCGUUUUGGGAAUUUCUUUGUCGGCUGUGACGUCGAAUUUCGGAGUUGUAUUUAAACAACAGAACUUUCUACUUGUACAGCUUCUCCAUCUAACUGGUGCAAUUGGAGCAGUUGUUGCUGUAAUGUUCUAUCAAUCAGCUCCUUCUGAACAUCAAGAUGAUUGUAACUCCAAAAGAAAUCCAGUUUUACCAACAGGACCACAUAUUCCAAGUCUUGAAAAGUUCUAUUUGAAUCCAUCUCUUCGUCCAGAUUAUAUCUAUUAUGCAACUGCAAUUCUACAAAUUCCUUUGAUCAUUUUAUGUAUCAAAACAGAGUUCAAUGUUACAAUGAAGACAUCAAUUUCAAUUAGAAGAACUGAAUAUGAUGAUAUAGAACACAACAAUAAUAAUCACCACGAAAAUUGUCAAAGUAUCACACAACAAAGUGACGUAAGCAGUCUGAAAUUGGUUCUAUUGUGUUCUGUAGUUGCUUCAAUCGCCAACAUAAUGUACACAUUAUUCCCAUUUCUGAUUCUUGCUCAACCAUCUGCUUCUAUUUUCUAUUAUCAACUCUUUGCGAUAUUCUUCAUGUGGGGUCGAGGAGCUUCUCUUCUUUUUUCAGAUUAUAUGGCUCCAUACUUUUUGGUUGGAGUCUCGAUUUUUGGCUGUGGAAUCGGAUGUUGUUGCAUUGCUUCUGAACAGUUUCUACUCGUCGGAUCAAUCAUUUUCGGAUUCUUUUUGGCUCCUCUCCUCCCUGCGUUGGUGAUUUACAUUAAUCAGAGUCUAUCAUUGAAGUCCAACAACACGUUCACAUUGCUCUCUGGACAUUGCUCCGGUCACUUGAUUUUUCCUCUUCUUCUCACUCUAACAACUUCAUCAAAUUCACGGCUUUUUAUCGCGUUCAACUUUGUUGCAAUUGUAAUUUUGGUUAUCAUUUUAGUAUCUAUUUUGAGUCUUCAUGCUCAAAUUGAGAGAAUGCAAGCAUCUCAAAGUGGCCUGAAUCUCUUUGUUUCUCGUUUCCUAUCCGGAGAGUCUCUUCUUAAAAGAACUCGAUCAAUCCGUCCUCUGAUCUCACGUCUCCGUCCGAAUUCCUACAGAAGAUUUGCUAAUCGAAGAGGACUCAAUACAAGAAGUCCUUCACCAGCAGUCCCACAUUCAACUGAAGUUUCUGUUGGUCCAGAUGAGUUGAGUCGGUUGAAUGAACCGAAAGAAAUCAGAUCUGGAUCAAUGCUGAUGCCAACAAGGGUAUAA